AUGGCUGAGGAUUUAGAAGGUCAAACCGAUGUGGCUCCAGCUGCUUCUGCAGCAAGCGACUUCAACACGCUAGAGGCCGCUGCUCAUGCUCAACAGAAGAUUGAGCAUGAGCUCACUAAAUGGCAGGCAAUGAAGACUUAUCCAAAAGCUACCCUUUGGAUCCUGUUCAACGUUUGGAUGAUGGUGCUGUUGGGUUACGAAAAUCAAGCUGGUGGUAUUGUCAUCUCGAUUCCACAGUUUAGAAAAGAUUUUGGUCAUUUUUAUGAAGGGUCAUAUGUUCUUGACACAAAUUGGCAAUCCAUCAUUUAUGGUGUACCAAUGGCAGUCAUGGGUGUUACUUCUUUUGGGGUAUCUUAUUUUUCAGACAGAUUCGGAAGAAGAAUCAUCAUGGUUUUGAUGUUGAUUCUCACCGUUCCCAGUAUUGCCAUGGAGUAUGUCGCUACUGAUAUUCAUGUGUUUGUGGCAGGAAAGUGUCUUAAUGCGCUCUCUUUGGGAUGCUUCAACACUUUGUGUCUCGGUUAUGUUUCGGAGGUUGCACCCAUGGCUUUGAGAGGUUGGUCUGCUUCUGCUUGUUCGUUGUCGAUGUGCAUUGGGCCCUUUGUGUGCUAUCUUAUCAACAACACAACCGCAUCAUACGAUACAAGAAUGGCAUACAGAGCGGUUUUUAUCCCACAAUGGAUCUUUUCUAUCUCGUGUCUUUUUUUUGCUCCAUUCCUUCCCGAAUCACCAUACUACUAUUUUAACAAAGGCCAGGACGAGAAAGCCUUGGCUAGUUUGAAGAAACUAUACAAUCCAACUCAGGCGCAACAGCAAUAUGCCCUCAUGAAAGUGACUCAUGAUGAGCUCAAACAGAUCACUGAGGGAACUUCCUAUCUCGACUGCUUCAAGAAGAAGGAUAUCAAGAGAACCUAUUUGGUGCUUUUUGGUUUGUGGAUGUCCCCAAUGUGCGGUGUUUACUUUGUGGCGUCUUAUGCAACUUACUACUACCAACUCGCUGGAAUGUCGACCAAAGCCUCUUACCAGUUGAGUUGUGGAGGACAGGCAAUGUCAGUGGUUGGCGUCAUUUCAUCGUGGUUUAUUCUGGACAGAUUCGGUCGUAGACCGUUGAUGUUCUUUGGACUAGGUACGCUCACAGUCAUCAAUUUUGUUAUUGCAGGAGCAGGAUCAGAUACAACAAACCCAACUGGAAUGCAGGUGGCUACAGCUUUCAUGUCCAUGUACAACUUCUUCUACAACAUGGGUAUUGGUCCACUUCCAUUCAUUCUGGCUGCAGAGAUUUCUUCUGUGAGUCUGAGAGCAAAAACAAUGGCAAUGGGCAUGAUUGUGAGUUACGCUUUCUCGUGCAUGUGGUCUCUCGUUUUGCCCUACAUGUUCAACCCAGAUGAGGGUAACAUGGGCUCCAAGAUCAACUUCAUCUUCGCCGGCCUGUGCUUUCUCGCGAUCUUUGUGUUCUACUUCAUUCAACCAGAAACUGCUGGCAGAUCUUUCGAGGAAAUUGACGAGAUGUACGAUAAGAACAUCCCUCCACGUCAAUGGAAGAGCUACAAGACCGAGAAGCAACUCCAGAGCGAGAAGAGUUUCUUUGACCUCAAGCCUGAAGCUUCCCAUGAUGAAUUCGUGGAAGAUGAGUAA